GGGCAUUCAUUCAUGUCUUUUCGGGUUUAAAAAGUUUUUGUUUUUGUUUGAAUUUGAGAAAAAUCGUCGACGUGAGUGAUUGCAAUUUUUAUUCCUUUACCAAAUCAUAAUGGAAAAUCCGCUGUUUGGAACGGCACAUCUUCUAGAUGAAGUAGAUAAAAAACUAAUGGUUUUACUGCGAGAUGGUCGCACCUUGAUUGGCUACCUCAGAAGCGUUGAUCAGUUUGCGAAUCUGGUCCUGCACCGCACAAUCGAACGAAUACACGUUGGUAACGAGUACGGAGAUAUACAACGUGGUGUGUUUAUCAUUCGGGGCGAAAAUGUUGUACUUUUGGGGGAAAUUGACCGUGAAAAAGAAAAUAAUCUUCCGCUGAAGGAGAUAUCGGUCGAUGACAUUUUGGAUGCCCAGCGAAGAGAACAGGAAGCAAAGCAAGAGAAACAUAGACUGAUAUCAAAAGCUCUUAAGGAGCGAGGAUUGAAUAUGAACUCGGAACUCACGCAAGAUGAAUUUUAGAAGGAAAGCGAAUGAAUGUGCAACUUCUGUUAAGUCUCAAAAGCAUUUCAUGCAUUUUGUUUUUUUACGUAUUCUCUUUCAAUGGCAAGCAUUAAUCGAAUAUAAAUAAAUGUUAUUUUUCAUGUAAAUUUCACGAAUGAAUCAAAA